CAUCACAUGAUGUGCCCCCAGGCCCUCUUUAAUUGAGGAGAGGAGGAGCUGGCCCUCGGCUGGGGCUCUCCCCAAGUGGCUGGAGCACAGGAAGCCAGAGUCGGCUAGCUCAGUCCCCAGCCCCCAUGGCAGGCCUCUGCUCUCUCCUGGGGCUUCUUGUCCUGGCAGGCCAAAUUCCCUUGGACACUGCUAAACGAUUUCGAGACGUGGCGAGCUAUGGAAGAGCUGCUGCCCCUGUCUUUAGGCACCAGGACCGACUCCACGGCUGGUCUCCCGACCAGAACACAUGGAAUGAAAAACUCUACCCAGUCUGGAAAGAGGGGGAUUCCCGGUGGAAAAGCUGCUGGAAAGGGGGACGGGUGCGGGCCAUCUUGACUAGUGACUCCCCAGCACUGGUGGGAUCCAACAUCACCUUUGUUGUGAGCCUGGUGUUCCCCAGAUGUCAAAAGGAAGACGAGAGCGGCAACAUCGUCUAUGAUCGGAGCUGUGAGAAUGCCACGGCCUCAUCUCCGGAUUCUUAUGUGUACAACUGGACUGUGUGGACGGAGGAGAGAGACUGGGGAAAAUGCCCGAACAGAAGUACCCAUCAUGUGUUUCCAGAUGGGAAGCCCUUUCCUUGCCAUCCUGGAUGGGAGAGGAAGAAUUUUGUUUACGUCUUUCAUACGCUUGGCCAGUAUUUCCCAAAAUUGGGACGAUCUUCAGCUGUAGUUUCUGUAAACACAGCCAACAUGACUCUUGGUCCCCAACUCAUGGAAGUGACUGUAUACAGAAGAGGACACAGAACCUAUGUCCCAGUUGCAUCUACCAGGGACAUAUAUAUGGUAACAGAUGAAAUCCCUGUAUUUGUGAAUAUGUCCCAAAAGAAUGAUCGCAACUCAUCUGAUGACACCUUCAUCAAGGACCUUCCUGUUGUGUUUGACGUUCACCUCCAUGAUCCCAGCCACUUCCUGAACACCUCCACAAUCCACUACAAGUGGGAGUUUGGGGACAACAGUAGCCUCUUCAUUUCCAACAGUCCUGUGUUUAAUCAUACUUACACACUCAAUGGAAGCUUCAUUCUUAACCUCACCGUCCAAGCUGCUGCCCCUGGACCAUGUCCUAGGCCUUCACCGAGCCCCCCAACACCUACCUCUCCUCACUUUCUAGUAAGUACUGUGAACUCCUCUGAUGCUCCCACCCCACUGCCUACUGAUGCCAGCCUACAAGAUGGGAGAAGGAGAGAGGCCCCUGAUGAAAGCUGCCAAGUCAUCAGAUACGGCCAUUUCACGGCAUCUCUCACUAUUGUAGAGGGAAUCCUUGAAGUUAAUAUCAUCCAGAUGACAAAUACUCAGAAGUCAGUGGCGCAGACUGAAGACUCCACAGUCGACUUUGUUGUCACCUGCCAAGGGAACACUCCUACCGAUGUCUGUACAGUUAUUUCUGACCCUACAUGCCUGUGGCCCCAGAACACAGUCUGUGACCCUGUGGAAAUCAAUGACCAGUGCUUGUUGACUGUAAGGAGAGCCUUCAGUGAGGCCGGGAUGUAUUGUGUGAACCUUACCUUGGGUAAUGAGGCCAGCCUGGCCCUUACAAGUACGCUGGUCUCUGUAAGUGGAAGAGCUCCAGGGUCACCUGCCAGAGUGGGAGCAGGCAUCUUGGUCUCCAUCAGUGCCUUGAUUGUGUUCUCCGUUCUUCUAACCUUCUUUGUGUACAAGCGAUACAAAGAAUACAAACCAAUUGAAAGCUGCCCUGGGAAGGGGGUAAAUAACAACGGAAUGGAUGUGUCUUUCCUUAAGGAGAAGGCUAUGUUCUUCCCAGCAAACAAUGAGAAGGAUCCGCUGCUGAAGAAAGAGGCUGGGAUCGUUUAACACUCCCAGCAAAUCUGUGUCUUUAUAGUGCACUCUGUACAGUACUUUACGUUGGAACUGGCCUUGAGUGGAUGACUGAUAACUGCAUAAGAAAAGGCAUAUUGUAAGUGUACACUGCUUGUAGGUAGAAUUUUUUUUAUGUAGGUUAAAAGAUAUUUUAGAGGAUUGAAGAGGGGGAUUAUAAGAGGCAGCCUUGGUCAGAUUCUAUAACUAAUAAAAACACUUGACAACUUUUU